AUGGCGAAGGGAAGAGGUAGAGGACGAGGAACUGGUCGGAAAACACCAAUUGAACAUUUGGAAGGGUUUGAUGAAGAAAGCAAGGCUGAUGGCAAUGGAACAGUAACAAGGAAUUCAGAGGAGCAGCUAAAUGGAGAAGAUGGAGAUAGACAUGCUGGUAAUGAAAAGGAACAAAAAAAGGAGGCAAAUGAAUCAUGGGUUAAUAUGUUUAAGAAUAAUCGUGUAGCAAGCAAUGGAAUGCAAAUAUCCUACUUUCCUCCACAGGUAGUUAAUGGGCAAACGAUGGUGCAGCUGGAAGAGAAAGAGGUACAAGAAGAAGAACAGAAAUGGAAGUGUGCUCUCAUUGCAUAUGUGAUUGGAGAAUGCCAUGGGAUUGCAAGUGCUAUUGGAGUUCCUCUUUUUGCUGAUGAAUGUAUCACCAAGCAAACAAGAAUCUCAUAUGCUAGAAUGCUUGUUGAAGUCAAUGUUACAAAAGCUAUACCUCAGAAGAUAGCAGUAGUGGAUCCAAACGGGAAGACAUUUAUGCAAGAAGUAAUGCUAGAAUGGAGGCCUCAAUAUUGUGAUAGAUGUCAGAAGUCAGGGCAUCUAUUUCAAGUGGAGUCUGAACCAAAAGAAGAGAUGCCAAAGAGAAGAAGACCAUGCAAAAAAGAGGAAGAACAGGAGAUAGGAAAGAAGCUAGAUCAGCAAACACCAAGGAAUAAUGAUGAGCAGUCUUAUGUAGAUAGACAGCUGGAAUUGAGUUUGGCUAACUUCCCUAUAUUGAAAGCUAUACCAACAAGGAAUGGUUUUGAGAGUCUUAUGCAUAACAAAAUGGCUUCACUAUCUAUUGAUAGAGGGCUAAUUGAAACAAGAGUUAAAGAAAAAAAUGUGAAAUCAGUUCUUAAAGGGAUAACACCAUGGUGGAAGAUGUUACAUAAUUAUACUGAUAGUCCUAAUGGAAGAAUUUGGUUGGUAUGGGAUGAUAACUGGUAUGAGAUCAAGAUGAUUAAUAGCUCAGCUCAACUUUUGCAUUGUCAGGUUAAUGAAAGAAGUAAAGAUUAUCAGUUUAUAUUGACUGUGGUGUAUGGAUUUAAUAAAGUUGAUCAGAGGAAAAGUUUGUGGCAAGAAAUGAAUACAAUGUCAAAAGGUAUUUCUCAACCUUGUAUCAUAGUAGGAGAUUUUAAUGCUAUUCUUUCUACUAAGCAUAGGUUAGAUGGAGUUCCUGUUACUAAUAAUGAGAUAAAAGAUUUUGUUGAAUGUAUGAGAGAUAUGGGGGGUACUGAAUUGCAGUGGAAAGGUAACUACUAUACUUGGACUAACAAGCAAUGUGGGAGGGAUAGAAUAUCAAGUAGAAUUGUUAGAGCAUUUGGAAAUGAUGAAUGGAUGGAUAAAUAG